AUGGAGUUGAUGAACAGACCACGGUGUGGCCUCCCAGAUCCUAAAAUACCUAUGGGAGUGGUCAAACCUUUCGUUUUAGGUCCAAAAUGGAACAAAAAGUCCCUUACAUACAGAAUAACAAGUACUACAACUGAUUUAUCCGCAGCUCCAGCCAGGUCUGAGCUUGCUAGAGCAUUCAAAUUCUGGACAGAUGUAGCAGAUAUUGAGAUUACAGAAACUUCCAGUUCUAACAGUGACAUUGUUAUAUCUUUUGAAACUGGUGAUCACAAUGAUGGUUCUCCUUUUGAUGGAGCAGGUGGAGUCUUAGCUCACGCGUUCUUCCCGACAGGUGGAGUGUGCCAUUUUGAUGAGGGUGAAACAUGGGUGAUAAACGGUACAGGCAUAGACCUUUUUACCGUUGGUGCGCAUGAAAUAGGACAUCUCUUGGGACUUGACCAUUCUAAUGAUCGGUCAGCUUUAAUGUAUCCAUUUUAUGGUGGAUAUGUAGCAGAUUAUACAAUUCCAGCAGAUGAUAAAGCUGCCAUCAUUGCUCACUAUGGUAAAGUAUAA